AUGUCGUCUGCAGAUGCGGCACAUAUCAGUGGCGGUAUAGAACCAUCGAUAGAUGGACAUAGGUCUAAUAUAGAUCGUGUACAUCAUCAUAAGAGAUAUCCUAGAUAUACCUCUAGUGGGUUAUUAAUGCGUAGGAAUGGAUUAAAAUGGCCAUGGCAUCGAUAUCAGUGUGCCACUGUGUUCUUAUGGUCAUUUGAUAUAGCAUGGUUUGCUGCAUUCCAAUUGCAGAUGUUAGAACCAUUAGCAGUGGAGAUAGUAUUAUCUAUACUAUUCUAUAUAUCGGCUCUAACAAUGGCCAUUAUGGGCCUUAUUGCAAUGUACAUUGAUCCGGCCGAUUCUUGUAUAUUUGACGAGAACAUAGCAGAGACAUCACCCAAUGGAGGUUCCCUCUAUUGCAGUGUACCGGGUCUAAGCAUUGCAGAGUAUGCAAUAAAUGCGUUCGUAAUUUCGACCAUCAUUGCAAGUGGUUGA